AUGGAAGAGGAAAGCAAAGUAAAAGACGGUGCAUCGAAAGAAGAGAAAACAAGAAUUUAUAAAAUUCUGCUACUAACGUACGCAAGAAGGUUAUCAAAAUAUCAAGAUCAAAUAAAAAAUAUAUAUUUUCAUAAUAAUAUCAUUUCAUCUAUAAAAGAUGAAACGCAUGAUUAUUUACUAAACGAACAUGUAACAUCACAGCAUUAUUUCAUUGAUACUUUAAUUAAAUCAAAUGAGAAUCAGGAAUUUUUGAAAAGUAUACAGUUAAUUCAGAAUCAAAAUGAUAAAGGGGGAAAUAAAAUAAACAAAGAACAAAAACAAGAUACAGGCAAUGGAAACAGAAACAGUAAUAUGAACAGUAGCAGUAACGAUGGUGGUAAUAGUAGCAAUAGCAACAACAAUGCAGAAAAUGACACUGCAGCAGAAGUAAGUAAUGACACACCAGGUGUCAAUCAAGUAAAUCAAAGAACCCAAUUUAAUAAUUACAUUAUGGAUAUCAUGGAAAGAUUUCACUUAUUUAUGUUAUUGAAAAUAUUAUUUGUUUUAUUUUUGUUUGAAGCAAAUUCAAAAAUGUAUUUUAUUGUUUCUGGAUUGUUUAUUUUAUAUAAUAGAGGUUUUUUUGAUUUUCUAAUUAGCAAUUUUAAUUUUAUAUCAAGCAAUGAUUCCAUAGAACAGGUUUUAAGACGCAUGAGUGAAUCCAGAAAUAUGAAUAAUAUGAUAGCUAAUGAAAACAAUGUUCAAAUCAGCAACAUGAGUGAGGGGGGGCCAGUUAAUAAUCAGCAAGAGGAGGAAAAUAUGGAAGAAAAUGACAAUCAACAUCUUAUAUAUGCAUUGGAGUUUAUACAUAAAGAGGGAAAAAACACAUCAGAAGAGGAUAUAGAAGAGAAGGAGGAUGACGACAAUAUAAACAAAAAAACAAACGAACAAAACAUCUUAUCAACAUCCACAUCUAAUUCUAGGGAUUUUAUUAAUGAAAAUAAGGAUGAUGAAGUAGAUUCUUUUCAUGCAGCAUGGUAUGAGGAUGACAUUACAGAGGAUAAAGAAUUUGUACGUGAGAUUUAUGAUGGAUAUAAUUAUGAACUUAAUGAUGAAAAUUUGCAAGAGACACAUGGAAGUGAUCAUAAUAGUAGUGUUAAAUAUAUGAAAAAAAAAAAUAAAAAGAGUUUAUUUUUUUUAAAAAAAAAAAAGAUAGAACAGAAAACACAUGCAACUGAAUUAGACAUAAAAAAUGAUUCCUGUGCAGAAUUCAAUUCUUCUACAAAUAUGAAUGAAAAAGGAGAUAGUAAUUACAUCGACCAUAGCACAGAUAAUAUAUUUCGAGAAAUGAAUGAUUCUAAAAAUGUUGAUCUUGGGAACUUUUUAGGAUCUAGGAUAAGAAGAAGAAAAAUAAAUAAUAUCAGUAGUAACCCUAAUGAAGGGGGGAACAAGGAUGAUAGUAAUGACGACAAAAUAAAUGUUCAAAAUGACAAUGGAAGCGAAAAAAAUGCUUUCAGUAAUAACAAGAUAUAUUAUCACAAGAACUCAAAAACAGUAAGUAACGUUUUAAAUAAUAGCAUGAACGAAUUUGUUAAUUCCGAUUGCAACGAUUCAGAAAACAGUAUAGACAGUGAGCAAUCCAGCAGUGGUACUUCUUCCUCCAUGAAAAAAAAAAAAAAAAAAAAAAAAAUACAUAUAGCUCAAAAUACAGGAGGUGAGGAGGAUCGUAAUACAGAUAUUAAUGUUAGACGAAAGCCAACAAAAUUAGAAAAGUAUAUUUAUCAAUCUGUUGUAAUGUUUUUCAUGACUUUAUUACCAUGGUGGGUACCAGAUAUUGCGUAUUUGGAGGAUUGA